CAGGGUGAUCCAUUACGUGAAGAAAAACACUAAAAAGAGCCUUUGAACACUGAACACUGAGGAAGAAGACGAAGAACGAGAAAGAAAGCAAAGAAGGAGGCCAAGGACAAGGGAGAAUAGUAGAAAACCAGUUGAUGUAGCGUCUUUCUGUCUGAUGGUAAAUGGAAUACCGCUGCAAAUCCAUAUGAUCAUAAAAGCGUUAUUUAGGAGGUACGGAAGAUGGAAUCCUGUGCACCCAAUAUCUGGAGCCUUUUGGGGCAUGGGGAUUGGCAUAGGAUGUGGUGUUGGAUGGGGUCCCGGCUUUGGCCCUGGGGUGGUUGGCUAUGUUGGAGCUGGCUGUGGGGUUGGAUUUAGCAUUGGCAUCACAUUGGCUGGUGUUGGAAUUGGUCUUCCUGCAAACUUCCUUGUUGAAAUUCCUUCUAAUGUUUUUGUGGCAACUAGAGCCUGUGCAUUGGAGAUUGCCAGAUCCAACCUUCUUCUUUCCAUGCGAAAUGCUGUAGAGGAUGGUUGGAACCAUGUUGCUCCACAUGUUUAUGAUUUGAAGAGGGGAGCCAGUGGAAAGCUGUCCGGCUUUAAGCAUAUAAAUUCCAUGGACCAUGGUGCCAACUUCCCUGUAAUGAACAAUGAAAUUUCUUGCCAUGUUAGAUCUAUGUUGGACAAUGUUGGAGCAUUGAGAGAUCGCUGCUUGAGCCCUCACAAAGGUAUAGAAGUUUGAAAGAUUAGUGUCAUGGAGGACUAAUGUAACCAUCAAACAAGUAGUAAUUGUAAAAAUUCUCUUUGGGCCAAGGUUUCGGCCCCUUGCUUCAAUAAAAUUUCCUUUUAUCCAGAGUAAAAACUCUUACCCAUUCACAAGAAAAUUGAUGAAAUGGAAGAUGCUUGUUAUAAGGGUAUAUAAUCCAAAAAAAAAAGAUGAUUGUUUUCUUUAGGAUUUUUGGGAAGAAAAUGGUACUGCUUGAAAGAUUUCUAGAGUCGAAUCAUACCAAGAAAGUUGCUUGA